AGCUUUCCGUGUAUCCACUUUAUUUUCGGAAUUAAAAUUAAAGUUGACUCGAUUAACGUGAUUGCCUAGAUUUAUUAUGUUGUUUGUUCGCCUUUGGACUUCCCGUACCUAAUACUCUAUGGGAUUGUGUAUUAAGUGGUCCGAGAUUGAGAGGAAUCUUAUGUGCGUUGUUUGUCUGUCAUAUACUUAUGGCACGGAAUUCCUAAAUAGACUUCUAUGUCGGGGGAUAGAAUAAAAAUAACAUCGGUUUGCGUCGAAGGGUCAGUGAGCGGCGGAGCCUGAUCAUGGCUACGUUCAUCACGAUGGCGACUAAGAUAUGCUUUGCAACGUGGUUUAUUCUUGGUUUCCAUUCAGUUCUCGGUCUACCACCACAGGAAGAGCAUCUCCCGCCCCGUCCGAAAGAUGGCGGCGUCGAGACGCGCUACUGCGCUUACUAUAACGGCUCUCCACCAAUAUGCGAUCCCAGCGACCCCACCUGCGACCCCAUCCAAAAAGAGGACUGCCAACCUGUCGAAAAGGACAAGAGCAACCACUGUGUCCAGUUAUGGCACUACAACACCACAACAAACACCUCAACACUACAGUUUAAAGGCUGCUUCCUGGACACAGUCUCUUGCAGCGACAAACCCACACCAUGCCGAACACACAGCGCAAAACUCUUACUACUACACUGCUGCUGUGAAGGCGAUAUGUGCAACACUAAUGACACAUUCCCUGGUUUACCGCCUCCAGAUUCAACCGAUGCGCCUCAUGAGGAAAUACCGAUGGAACGGAUACCUGGAUCUGAUGAUGAUACUAAAGCUAUCAUUGCUUAUACUUUGACACCGUUGUUCAUACUUUUCAUUGCUCUCGUCGGCUGCUAUCUGCUGUAUAGGCGGCGCAAAGGCAGCACAUUUGCUGAGCUUGCGAAUGGAGAAGGAUCUCUAUCUAGGCCUCCGUCUAUGGGGGUUGGAAUGGAUACUGAGCCUGUGGACCUGGUUGGCCUUGUAACCUUAUGUGAAGUCAGGGCUAGAGGGCGCUUCGGGGCCGUGUGGCGUGCUCAGCUCGGUCAGAAAGACGUGGCCGUCAAGGUAUUCCCGCUGCAGGACAAGCAGUCCUGGCUGGCCGAACAGGAGAUCUACAGGCUCCCGAGAAUGGACCAUCCAGAUAUCUUGCAUUACAUUGGUGUGGAUAAGAAAGGAGACAAUCUGCAAGCCGAGUAUUGGCUCAUCACUGCAUAUCAUGAGAAGGGCUCUCUCUGCGACUACCUAAAAGCGCACACCCUCAGCUGGCCGGACGCCUGGCGCAUCGCAGCGUGCGUGGCGCGUGGACUGGCCCACCUGCACGAAGAGGGCGGGGGCAAGCCCGCCGUCGCUCACCGCGACUUCAAGUCCAAGAACGUCCUUCUAAAAUCCGACCUGUCUGCCUGCAUUGCCGACUUUGGCUUGGCCUUGGUGUUUGUAGCUGGCCAUGGCUGUGGAGAUGCACAUGGACAAGUGGGGACGAGGAGAUAUAUGGCCCCUGAGGUGUUGGAUGGAGCGAUCAAUUUCACGAAGGACGCGUUCUUGAGGAUAGAUAUGUACGCGUGCGCGCUUGUGCUGUGGGAGAUCGCUUCGAGAUGUGAUGAAGGUGGAGUUGAGCCCACAGCGCAAUACAGGCUUCCUUUAGAGGAGGAGGUCGGGCCUCACCCUGGGCUCGAAGAGAUGCAGGAGGCGGUGGUCCAGCGGAAACUGCGGCCCGCCAUCCCGCCGCGGUGGAGAGAACAUCCCGGCCUCAACGUCCUCUGCGACACGAUGGAGGAGUGCUGGGACCACGACGCGGAGGCGCGCCUGUCCGCGUCCUGCGUGCUGGAGCGCGUCGGCGCGCAGCGCCAGGCCGCCGCCGACACCCCCCUGCUCAUCCACGACCUCGCCUGCUGACACACGCCCCUCAUACACUUCUAGAUCUGUGAGUCGGUGCUGUCUUUUAUAUAAGGUUUGAGUGGACAAUGGUAUUAACAUUCUUAAGAGUCACGCGCCAUACAACCAAACUUACGCUCUCAUUUUAAACCAGACCUAUAUGGUUUCGUUGCUAGAAAUUGUAAUGUAUAGAAAUUAAACCGAGUAGAAAUUUAUCACACAACAAAACUUCCACACGCGUUUUUACUUUGUAUGACAAUUUUUAGCCACUUAAACCACACCGCCAGACAUUGCUAUAUGCAUGCAUGUAAAUAUUCAUGCCAAGUUUUUUGUAAUUUAAACAUGUUGUUUUAAAAUGAAAACGUUCCUUUGGGGUGGCUUUUUGGCGGCGAAUUGGUGUUAUUCUUGCGGCGAGGUAUAUUUCAGUAAUCAUGGACGUUGAUACUAACAGAAAAACUCUUGGAGGGCCUUUGAAAUAGGUUUACUAAUUGUCAGUGAACUGUGUGGACAUAGAGUGGACUAGUGAGUGAAUCUAAGGACAUUUACGCCUUGUAAAGAUAAAGAUGUGUUUUUAGGCAAAGAUGUCCUUAUUAUCAACUACUAAAGGUGAUUUUUGCCUGAAAAUCUUAUACAUUUGUCAAGUGCUAUAAUAUGAAACGAAUUUUUCCUAAAGUUUUGACUGUUUGUGAAGUGGUAGCGCGUGAAUUGUGGCAGUUUUGGUCCCCUUAUAGGUUUUAAACUUAUGUUUAAGCUUUUGCAGCUAAAAUAAAAUCACUUGUAUUUCCCACAUUAUUUAUGUUUUUCUUGUAUGCUUUUUGAGGGGGUGACGAAAAAAUAUUUAUAUUUUUGACGUCAACUGUAAAGUUAUCGUAAAAUAUGAGUGCAUCAACAACAACAUGUUCACAACAUGUUACAGAUGAUUUGGAAAACCUAUAACAACUAUAUUUUACUCACAAUAGUAGUCCAAAUAAAUGACAAUUAUUUCAUUUCAUAGGCCUAUUUGAUUGAGAAAUCUAAGAAUUACAUAAUAUUUUGCUCCGACUAAAAUAUACCCAGAUUAAAUAAUAUGAAAUAGCAAGAUGAUAACAUUUAAUUCAAUUAGUAAUAUGAUUCUAAGUUGCUGAUUGUAAGUGUCAUAUUACAGUUUAUUUGUCAUGCUUUAUUUGUGUAUUUACAUUCUGUUAUUUCUGAACAUCUGUUAUAAAAUCGAGUUUUGUAACUUCAAAGAAUCAAAUUGAUUCAUGAUCUACAUAAGUUGAUCGUUUGACCAUGUUAUUGAUUUGUAAUUUUUUGCUUAUUAAAUCAAUACUUUAAAAUCGUUACAUGGAUAACUUUAGUGCAAUAAUUUCGUGCUAAACGUUGGUUUUUUUAUCCUAACUGAAAUCGUUUUGUUAUUGCUAUUGCUAUUGUAUAGAAAUAUUUUCAAAGAAAUGAAUUUGUUUAAAUAUUUAUUUUGAUAUAAGGUAUGCCCGGGUAAGACCGGACUAUAUUUCGGCGAGUUGAAAGGGCGUCACAAUUUUUAUUAUUAUUAAUUUAGUGAGAACUUUAACCACCGAAUGUUAAAUGCAAAUGAGAAAGAAGAAAACAAGCUUAGUGCCCCUAAAUAAAAUAGUUUAGGAGUAAUCUAUACUCAAAGUUGAAUACAUUUUUUUAAAGACACCAAACCUUCUUGGACUAAUUGCUAAUUAUACCUCUAAAGCAAGGGAUUUCAAGUUUAUCACAUUUUUUUUAAACUUUCGUAACACACGACUGACACGACUGAGCGGUUACUACAAUAUGGCAAGAGGGGCGGGAUGAAAUGGCGUUACACAUUGUAUUGCUAGUGAUGUACAAUAAAUGCCAUUUGUGGUAGCAAUUGCGGUCAUACGAUCUUACCAUGCAUCCGAUCUUAUCCGGGUAUCCCUUAAGUUAUCAUGAAAUGGAACUGUUACGUUUAAAACCGAUUCUUAAGUAACGGUAUUCAGGUACAAAAUCAGUUACUAAAAGGCGACUACAAAAUACAAAUGAUCAUUCAUGGAAUGUAUAUUAUGUCAUUAUGUGUAAUGACUUUAAAAUUUACUGGGAUUUGGAAAUUUUAAAAGAAAUAUUGUUGUGUAGAGAUUUGUGUGUGAUUUGGUAAAUAAUAUCACAUUUAUAUGAAUAAGACACGAUGCAAUGAAUACACUAUCAAGUUUUCCAAUCUAUAGUCAGCAGCUAAAACCAGGUGGAACAAAUGUGUGCUCAGUUUUGUAAGACCAGAAGGCGCCAAAGUGUUAGAGCGAGAAAGGUAAUUAGGCAUAACCCUUUCACUCUUACAAAUGAUUGUUUCUUGCUAUUUCAAAUCUACAAGUAAGGCAGUCUAGAGCUCGUUUUACCUGCUGACUGUAUUGACUUUGUAUUUAAGGGAUCAAAUAUCACCAGAUGGCGGUAUUCUGACACGCACAAUCAAAUGUUUGUUGAGUGACACCAAUGGUUACAUGUCGCAUUAAAAUGUGAACUAUAUGAUAACCUGAUGUUCCCAAACUGCGAGAGUUCCAAAUCUUAACACCGCGGACAGAGCGUCCGCGCAGCGCUGGUUGUAGAUUCUAGCAGCUAGAGCUACAUUAAUGUAUCUUCAUUUCUUCAUCAAGCCGUUUCAAAAUUCAAAAAAAUAUUCUGCAAGUAGGCCUUAAGGGUUCUUUUAUAAGUCAAUACAACAUUUAUAGUAACAUCAUAUAGUGUCAUGAAAAAAAAAUAACAUUUAUAAAUACAACAGCCAAUACCAGGGUAAACAUUACAUUAUAAUAAUCUUAAAAUAAAUAAUUACUAUAAUCAAUAGAGAUGUAUAUUAGUCUCUAUGGUUAAAAAUACAUACAUUAAAUCUGGAGAUGUCGUUUAAGUGCAUGGCGACCCUAACAAUGAAUUCAUUUAUAAUUUCUCCAUGCAAUUUCGCAGCUCACAUGCAUGCAUGUACGUGUAAAUAUCACUACUAACAAGUUUGGGAACUCCUGCGUUAAACUGGUUACGUCAAAGUAGCGACAUCUAGUGAUUUGGAAACUAAGGAAUUGAGGUACGGCACACCAAAAUCGCAAUAUCAAAAGAGAUAUAUUAUUAAUGUAUUAUAUUAAUGUUUGGACGUGUA